AUGCCCUUAUCUAAAAAAUCGACUCUGCGAAAGCACACAGUGCAUCUGAAGAGCCUGGUUAGGAAAAGAGAUAAUAUCCUCGGGUCAGCUAAACUGAUUCAGUGCUUUAACGAUUCGUAUGAAGAUAGCAAAGUUGAUCAAGUCGCAAUUAGAAUCGAACGUUUAGAUGGCCUGUGGGAUAAAUUUGAAGAUAUAGAGGACGAAAUAGAAGCGUUAGAGGAUCAGGAAGAUGGAUUUUCGGAAACACGUCAAGAGUUCCAAAAUCUUUACUUUGAGCUUAAGGCAUCCCUCGUAAGUAAACUGCCGCGCCCUGCAGUUGCUAACCCGUCUACUUCUGAAUCGCGGCCCGUAUCUCAAAUUGUACCCCCUGCUAAUCACGCCGUGCAUGUUAAACUUCCCGAAAUAAAAAUACCUGAAUUUGGAGGAAAGUCGGAUGAAUGGAUUGAGUUUCGCGAUCUGUAUAAGUCAUUAGUCCAUUCCAAUGCUCAAAUUCCGUCGGUUCAAAAGCUUCACUACUUACGUAGUGCUUUGAAAGGUGAAGCAUCUCGUUUAAUCUCGUCAUUCACAAUUACUUCGGAUAACUAUGCUAUCGCGUGGAAAACUAUUUGCGACCGAUACGAAAACAAAAAUUUUCUCGUCAAGCAACACAUGUCGGCGAUUUUAAAGAUUCCCCACGUUAAAAGAGAAUCAGCUUCAGCUCUAGCGGAAUUAGCUGAUGAAUUCAACCGACAUGUAGGCAUUUUAGACAAGCUCGAAUUAUUUGAAGCCCAUUGGAAUUCAUUUCUGGUUGAGCGUCUCAGCAGUUUAUUGGAUGAAAAAUCUUUGAUGGAUUGGGAAGCUCAUUGCAACGACAAUACGGUUCCGCAAUACGAUGAACUGAUGAGUUUUAUUAUCAAACGAUCACGCACACUUCAAAUGUGCAAAUCAAACUACACUCAACCUGCAGUGAAUCAAUUAAAAGCAAUCAAAUACAAGUCAUCCGCACACGUUGUGUCUGGGAGCGUAGUUAAAUGCCCAAAUUGUAAACAGGCGCACCCAAUCUUUCAGUGUGAAUUAUUUCUAAAAUUGUCACCUAACAAUCGGUUGGAUUUCGUCAAGAAACAUCAACUAUGCAUCAACUGUUUACGGGGAGGACAUAUGGCUAGAGAUUGCCGUGGCAGUCUGUGUAAAACGUGCGCAAAGAGACAUCACAGUUUACUACAUUUACCACCAAUCACAUCGGUUCCGAGUCUUGUAGAAGAAAGACAAUCAAUUCUACCAACUUAUACCGCUGUGUGCUCAGAAAGCAUGCCUCUGCCUGAGGCCUCGUUCUCGGUAUCGGUAGCACCAUCGGUGGUGUCUUCGCGUAGCUCACAACAGGCAACCCGUUCGCCGCCGGUGUCGUCCGUCGAAAGUAGCCCCUCUCCCACGUCGUCGGUGUACUUAAAUCGUCAAUUCGCAGAAAUUGAACCACUUCCCUCCUGCUCUAACGAUAAUGCAACUGUGUUCGCUCCAACAAACAAACAACAAAAGAUUGUGUUUCUAUCAACAGCACUGGUGCGCAUAGUGGACGUUAAUGGUAUUGGUCACUAUGCCAGAGCUUUGCUCGAUAGCGCAUCACAAUCCCACUUUAUAUCAGAGUCAUUGUGUCAGAAACUUGGUUUGAAACGCACUCGUAUCAAUAUACCAGUGAGCGGCAUAGGUCAAGCAAUAGUCAGUGUAAAAUAUCGUGUAGAAAUCUCGUUGCAAUCACGGUUUGGUAAAUUCCUACACAAUCUAGACUGUCUAGUUCUUCCCAAGCUAACAGUUAGCCUUCCAAGUGCUCAUGUUGACAUCUCACACUGGCAAAUUCCACGUAAGUUGCCCUUAGCAGAUCCAAAGUUCAAUGUGAGCCACGGAGUCGAUUUGAUAAUUGGGGCUGAACUAUUUUUCUCACUGAUCGAAUCGCAUCAAUUAGUUUUAGCUGACAAUUAUCCUAUUUUACAGAAAACAAUGCUGGGUUACGUAGUAUGUGGAAAUUACUCAGCAAACGAAUCUGCAACGGUGGCAUGUCAUGUUGUCACUGAUCAGAAUUUGAACAUUCAACUAGAGAAAAUGUGGGAGGUUGAAAAUCUCGAUAUUGGAAAGGCUCUUACGCAAGAGGAACAGGAGGUCGAAAAUCACUUUCAGCAAACCGUGUCUCGUGAUACUGACGGUCGUUACGUGCUUCGUCUCCCACUCCGGGAGUCUUUGAUUCCAUUGUUGGCGAGCUCUUAUGAGCAGGCAAAGCGGCGUUUUCUGCUCAUGGAAAAGCGGUUUUCCCGAGAUAACACUCUUCGCGAUGAAUACGUGAAGUUUAUGGAUGAUUACGAGAGCAUGGGGCAUAUGGAAGUUGGUUCAAGCGUCGCGGGUCCGCAGUAUUUCCUCCCACAUCAUGCUGUUCAUCGGUUGGAAAGCAGUACGACAAAAACUCGUGUCGUUUUUGAUGCUAGCAGUAAGGGAUCAGGUACACUCACUCUCAAUGAUGUGCUGCGCAUUGGUCCCACAGUGCAACCAACACUAUUAGCUACCGUUGUUAACUUCAGAAUGCCGCAGUACGUUUUCACUGCUGACGCGGAAAAAAUGUUCCGCCAAAUUUGGAUUCAUCCCGAGGAUCGAUCGUAUCAGCAGAUUGUCUGGCGACGAGAUUCAUCCAUGCCAUUGCAGAUUUAUCAGCUGAAAACGGUGACUUACGGACUUGCAAGCUCUCCGUAUCAAGCUGCCCGGGUGCUCAACAAACUGGCCGAAGACGAAGGCCACAAAUUCCCUCUAGCAUCGAAAGUUGUAACCAAUCGUUUUUAUGUAGACGAUUGUUUGGCUGGAAGCGACAACCUCGAAGAAGCCACUGAAAUUUGUCGUCAAUUACGAGAGCUUCUCGGGGUUGGAGGAUUUACAUUACGCAAAUGGAGCACAAAUUGCCAAACUGUGUUGCAACACAUACCAAGUGAGCUGUGGGAGAGCGACUCUCUAAUGGAGAUAGGACGGUCGACGGUGACUGCUUUAGGGCUUCUAUGGAACCCACGAAAUGACAGCUUUAGCUUCAAGAUUCCCACGUUACCCGGAUUAUCGACGGUUACCAAACGCAUCGUGGUUUCCGAAACUUCUCAACUGUUUGACCCAUUAGGACUUCUUGGGGCAGUCGUGGUCAACGCUAGAAUGUUUGUUCAACGUCUUUGGGCCAAACAUGUUUCAUGGGACGAGGAGGUUUCUAGUGAGGAAAGUGCCUGGUGGAAGGACUUUCGCAGUGAACUUACGUUGCUCCAGCAGUUAACAAUCCCUCGGCGGGUUCUGUCCAAUUCACAUCGGAAUUACCAUCUUCACUGUUUCUGUGACGCGUCCGAGAAGGGUUACGGCUCUUGUGUUUAUGUGGUUGGUCCAAACCACGAAGGCAAAAUCGACAGUCAUCUUUUAAUUACAAAGGCACGAGUGGCUCCUUUACGAGGAUUGUCGAUUCCACGGCUUGAACUAUGUGCAGCAGUAUUGGGCAGCCAGUUGGUGGAUAAAUUACGAAAUGCAACGGACUUCUCGGCAACCGUCACUUUCUGGACGGAUUCGACUGUGGUGCUAUAUUGGCUUCGAGCACCACCCACAAAUUGGAAAGUAUUUGUGUCUAAUCGCAUUGCUGAGGUACAGAGGCUUACAAAAAACUGCCAAUGGAGACACAUCCCCACGGAUCUCAAUCCCGCAGACCGAAUUUCCCGUGGGAUUCGACCAAGCCAAAUAAUGGACGAUGCUCUGUGGUGGCAUGGACCACCGUUUCUUAAGGAUCCUGUUACCUGUUGGCCGAAAAUGUUGCCCAAUGCGAUACCCAAUUCCGAUGUAGACCAGGAGAGACGAAACACGGUUGCAUUGGCGAGCAUGGAGAAUGACGAUUCCAUUGUUUCGAGAUUUUCCGAUCUAGGAAGGUUGCUGAAGACUGUUGCCUGGUGCCUCAGGUUUUCCAACAACGUUAGGAGCAAGAAGAAAGACCGUUUCACUGGUACGCUGACACUGCCGGAGCUCGACAUGGCACACAAAACGAUUAUUCGAAUGGUACAGGUAACUACCUUUUCAAGUGAAAUUAAACAAUUAGCCAUUAUGAAACUAAAACCAGAGCAUAAAAUUAUAUUCGACACACAUUCUGUUCUUAAAAAUAUUAACGUAUUCCUUGACGAUAACGGUUUACUUCGGCUAUACAGUCGUUUAAAAAAUUUAGAAGCGCCCUAUGAUACGAAAUAUCCAUUGCUGCUUCCCCCUAAUCAUCACCUCAGCUGGCUGAUAGCUCGGUCAUUGCAUUUACGAACGGCUCACUCUGGACCUACUCUAUUACUCUCAACAAUGCGACAACGUUAUUGGCCGAUUCGAGGAAGACAGCUAGUACGUCGAGUUGUAGGGUCUUGUGUGACUUGCUUCCGCUGUUCACCGUCAAGUACCAACCAACAAAUGGCUCCGCUACCGUCCGCACGUGUUAAUCCUGCUCGAGUUUUUUCCUAUUCUGGGUUGGACUACUGCGGACCAUUUAACGUUCGUCUUUUGUAUGGUAGGGGGGCUAGCGUGAAAAUGUACGUUGCGAUAUUCGUGUGCCUGUCGGUGAAAGCCAUUCACAUCGAGAUCGUACCCGACCUAACAUCAGCUGCGUGCAUCAAUGCUAUUAAACGGUUUGUAGCUCGACGCGGGCGGUUAAUCGAGCUUCGUUGCGAUAACGCGACAGCUUUCGUCGGGGCUGAUCGUGAAAUGCGCGAGUUACGUCGUCGGUAUCAACAACAGUUCCAGACCAAUGAAUGGGAGCAGUACUGCCUAAGCGAAGGAAUCAACUUCAAAUUUAUUCCAGCGCGCUCACCACAUUUCGGGGGAUUGUGGGAGGCCGGGGUAAAAUCGUUUAAACGCCAUUUUCGACGAAUCUUCGGUUCGUCGUCGUACACAAUCGACGAACUCGCAACAGCAGCUGCACAUAUUGAAGGCAUUCUCAACUCUCGGCCUCUCACCCCCCUCACCGAGCAUCCCGAGGACCUUUCCGUAUUAACACCUGGACACCUUCUCAUUGGAGAACCGAUGUUUUCCGUUCCCGAGCCCGAUGUUUCUGAUAAACCUAUUUCCAACCUGUCUCGUUUUCAGGAAUCUCGUCGUAGUGUCCAAAAUUUCUGGAAGUGUUGGUCCCGAGACUACAUAUCCUUGUUACACCAGCGUUCGAAGUGGAAAACAGCAACGAAUAAUAUCGAACCUGGAACUAUGGUGCUUCUCAAACAGGACAACUACCCCCCAUUUACAUGGCCUCUUGGAAGGGUGGUACAAACAUACGCUGGGUCGGACGGACUAGUGCGUGUUGUGUUGGUACGAACCGGUCGAGGCCUGUUCAAGCGAGCUGUCACGGAGAUCAGCGUUUUACCAAUUGAAUCGGAAACAACCAACCAGAUGACCACUGUCGUAGACUGUCAGGCAAACUACCAAGGAUAG